GGAACAGCAACAGGAAUCAAUGCCACAUACUCUAAAGCUAAAUAUUACAUAUAAAGAAGCGAUUGACAAAUUUGUCGAGGAACAAUAAGCAAUUAAAUUAUGGAAAACAUACUCGAACCACUCCAGCCAUCAAUAAAUCUACGUCAAUUCCUAGAGGAUUAUGCCAAGAAGUUAAAUUAUCCAAAUGAGAAAAGUUCAGAGAAUGUUCCUUUCUACUUUUCAGACGCCUCACCUGUCUCAGCAGAAGUUGCUGAAAGCUGCUCCUUGCAGCUGAUUGAUGCCCCAGACGACAAUGCAAUCUACACAUUUGAGCUGGGUGCCGAAAUACAGCGUCCCAAUCUAUCGAAACCGAAAAUGAAUAAGCCUGUGCCAAAGACCUAUACAGCCAUAUAUGAGCACAAGGCGAAGUCCCGCAAAAAUCCAUUUAACCGAACACAAUAUAGCUAUCGUUUGAACGCCGAACCGUCGCCAAGUGAUGAUUCGUCUGAAAUGUGGAAGACCCUUGAGCAAUUCGAGCUGGAGUUAACCGUUCGGUUUUAUAGGCCACCGCGUGCAGCGCAUCGUAGCUACAAGCUGGAGCGUCCCGUUUUUUCGGAAGAGUUCGUCUGCCUGGGCAGCAAUUUUUUAAGCGAAUUACGAGAUAAGAUCUCUUGCAUCUGUAAUGGCAAACGAUUUGUCGAUAUUAGCGAACAGCCAGAUGCGCCGCUGCCUGUGCUCGAGACAGAUCCUGGCUACUUCUUCAUCAACGGAGUCUUCUAUAACGAUACCCGAAAUCCCAACAACUGUGACUACUCUGAAACUGUAAUCAAGUGGGCACGCACAGCACACGGCAUGGAGAGAGAAGAGUUCCAGGUGGCUUCAAUGGAGGCGACGCGCUUCAUCGAUCUAACCAUUAGGCUGGGUGCACCCGUACAGUAUCUGCAUCAUGGCAAUUGCGAGCAUUUGUUUGUGUUCUCGCAGGUGGAGGUCUUGAGGCCGCGCAGUAAAUUUAUUAACCCCAGUCACUAUCCCUUUCUGCGCAGCUUCAGUACAUUCAAUAGACGCGCGUGCUAUAUGUGCGGACUGCGUGGCUAUCAUUUCAUAGUGGAGCAGUCACGCCGGCAACUGCACGAUCCUUCAUAUCUCUGUCGUAGGUGUUUCUUCAGCUUCAACUAUGUGGAUGGCAAAAAGGUGGAAGGCUUUAAGGCAUACCGGAUAUACGGUCUAGGGGAUCUCACGGACGAAGACGCUGGAUGCCAGACACCGAGCGAGCAGGACACAGACAGCAGCAGCAGUGAUGAGAAUAGCGGAGAUUUAUAA